AUGUAUGUGAAUGUGGGCGAGAUUUGGAUUCCCGAUAACAUGAUCGGCAACACCAAAUCGUUAAACCUUGCACACGCGGAUGCGAUUCGGGCCGCAAAAAUCGAAAGUGAUGGAACGAUAACAAUGCCCACUGUCUAUUAUGUGGAAAUCUCUUGCGUAAUUUCGGUGGAUGUAUUCCCGUUUGACAAACAAGCUUGCGAGUUGCCGGUUAUGUCAUUCGCUUAUCUGCCAGCGGACGUGAUCACAAAUGGAUCAGUGAGCCCGGAAGCUUUAUCUCUAUAUGCAGGUAACGGUGAAUGGAAUGUGACACAUGUGACGACAAAACCAAUCUCGUUUGUAACCAUGCAAUUGUUCUAUUUUAUCAUCCAUGUUAAACGAGUCCCCAACUUCUAUGUCUACGUCAUCGCUCUUCCAUGUUUCAUUCUAACACUUCUCUCAAUUAUCGGAAUGUUUUGGUCAUCGAACAUCAAAAAGGAACAGUUGACAAAGCUGAGUAUCGGUUUAACAAGUCUUGUUUCAAUGACCGUACUUUUGGAUCUCUUAUCUACGUCAAUACCAAAAACAGAGGUUUUUCCGUUAUUAGGCAUUUGUGUAGUCGUUUGCGUUGGAAUCAUCUCAGCCGCUUGUGUCAUCAUCGUCGUUUUCUCAUUGCAAAAUCCAAGAAAGAAAACAGAAGCCGAGAUGAAAAGAGCUGAAGAAGAAGAAAAGCGAUUGACAAAAGGCGAGAAGAUCCGCCACUUCUUCACCAGAUGGGCUCAAGUGGAUUUGACAAAAUUUGGGGAAACAGAAGCCUACUCAAACUUUAUCAACCAAACGCAACUGAUCUAUGAUGAGAUCUUUACCAAUCGAAGAUACAACCAUUUACUCUCUCCGAUUUUUCACCAAGCACCUAACGAUACAGCUCCCUUUGAAGUUUACUAUUCAAUGUUUUUCUUUAAAAUGUUUCUAUUAGAUGCGGAGAGUCAAAUGCUUGGGAUCGAUUUUGAGUUGAAAGAAACUUGGAAAGACGCAAGAUUAGCUUGGGACCCGGAAGAAUAUGGUGGAGUGAACAAAUUGUUCGUUAACGUGGACUCUGUUUGGGUGCCCGAUAAUCAAGUGGCCAAUGUGAAAUCACUUGACGCAGUGCACCCAUCAACGUCAAGGGAAGUCGAAAUCUCGCAUGACGGUACUGUGUUGAUGCCUACCGUUUACUAUGCCGAGAUUUCUUGUGCCAUCAAUGUAAGAAUCUUCCCCUUUGACAAGCAGAGUUGCCGAAUUCCGAUACUCUCUUUCUCCUAUGGAGUACGUCAAGUGACGACAAAUGGCAGCGUGGAUAAAGUGCUAUCUUUGACUACGGCUGGCAAUGGCGAGUGGGAAGUCACAGGCAUCACCACGAAUAGUUUCAUCUAUGGACCCGGGAAUAUUUUUAAUUACGUGAUAGGCUUAAAACGAGUCCCUCACUACUAUGUCUACGUGAUCGCUUUUCCGUGCUUCAUUUUGACGACAAUCUCAACAGUUGGAACCUUUUGGUCACCAAAUUACAACAAGGAGCAACUUACCAAGCUGAGCAUCGGUCUGACGAGUCUCAUCUCUAUGACAGUAUUGCUGGAUCUUUUGUCGAACUCAAUUCCCAAAACGCGAGUUUUCCCAUUGCUAGGAAUCUAUGUGCUGAUUUGUGUUGGAAUCAUUUCCGCUUCGUGUGUGGCCAUCGUUGUGUAUGCUUUGCCCAAUCCAAAGAAACCGACCGAGUCUGCGCUGAAAAAGUUGCAAGAAGAAAAGAAUCUAUUGACAACAAGCCGAAAAAUGAUGCGAUAUUUGAAAGAGACGUUAAAUCAUCGUCACAUCUUUUUUCAACUCAUAUUUCAAGCGAUGAAUUUCGUUGCAUUUAUUGUGUUUUUGUCUCACUGGGAU